UUGCAACCACACAUUGAAAUCUAGUCAUUACCAUCACAUGUGCGAGCAAAAAGAUGUUUUUUGUACUUAUCCUAAUCAAUUUAGGAGCUUUUGUGCACCCUGAACACAAGCCUAUAUGAACGCCUCAUGAUCUUCUAUUGUCCACAGAGAUUCAUCUAAGUUCUCUUAUAAAAUAUAGAGCCGGUAUCAGGUUCAUAGCUGAAAAAUCUCUGCUGUCAUACUGUCGGUACUUUCUAAAGCAUUCAGCCCUUCAAAUUCUCUUCAAGAUGUCAAUGAAGCAAUCUGGAUUGUUGAGUACUGCCUUAAAUGUGAAAGUAAUAGGCUCUGGGAACAGAGUUAUAGUGCUUUCACAUGGUUUUGGAGGAGACCAAUCUGUUUGGCAGAGUAUUUUGCCCUACUUGGCAUCUAAUUUUAAGGUUGUAUUGUUUGACAUGGUAUUCUCUGGGAGUGUCAAUCCCAAUCAUUUUGAUUUUGAUAGAUAUACAUCACUUUCUUCUUAUGCAACUGAUCUUCUCACCAUUCUUGAGGAGCUUGAAGUUGAGAAAUGUUUUUAUGUUGGCCACUCGGUUUCUGGCAUGGUGGGCUGUAUUGCCUCCAUUCAAAGGCCCCAACUGUUUGAAAGACUAAUCCUAUUAUGUGCUUCUCCAAGGUAUUUGAAUGAUGAAUCCUACCAAGGAGGAUUCGAUCGUGAGGAUGUUGAUAGACUUUACAUUGCUAUAGAAUCUGAUUUUGCAACUUGGGUUUCAGGGUUUGCUCCUUUGGUAGUCGGUGCAGAUGAGCCCUCAGUGGUUAAGGAAUUCACCAGAACCAUGAUGAGUAUGAAACCUGAAAUUGCUCUUGCAAUUGCCAAAACCAUCUUUGAGAGUGAUGUAAGAAACAUUUUGAGUGAUGUGAAAACCCCGUGUAGCAUCAUCCAGACUACAAAGGACAUAGCUGUUCCACUGAGUGUCCCAUACUAUAUGCAGUGCAAUCUGGCGGGGGGAAACAAUACAGUGAAUAUUCUUGACACAAAUGGUCACUUACCACAGUUGACCUCUCCUGCUUUGCUUUUGCAGGCCUUCAAAAAUAUCCUUGGAAGCUGGGAUGACUCCAGUUUUGGAGACUCUCAAGUGCUCCUGGAACCCACAUCUGUAAGGAUAUGAUCUUUUAUUUUUUUAUAUUAGUACUUUCUACUGAAGUAGGUAGUUGUUAGAUCUAGUAGCCAAAUAUGGAUUUGGAAUACAUGGGAGUAUUGAUCAAUAUAUUAUAGUGUGAACAUAAUAGAUUAUCAGCAUCUUAUGUGGAAUGCUGAGCUCUAAAUAUUGUAUGAAUUGAUGGGUUGCUUGUAUUUGCGUUUUAUAAAAAAUUGAUCAAGAUAAAUAUAAGCAGAGAAUAUAUUACACAAA